AUGUCCAACGCAGAGGGAAUUCGAGUACCUGGGACGAGUGAGGAGGAGCCUUUGCUAGGUGGAAGAGGGGAUGCGAGUUUGCCGGAGGGGAAACCGCUUUACCAUAACUUCGUUCUGGGUAUGCUCCAAGUUCUGAAGGAAUACACCAACUGGAAGAGAAGUUCUGAUGAAGCGAGAUAUAGGUACUGGAGUCGUUGCCCAAGCAGGCGCAUGGGUCAUUGCAGCCAUUGUCUGGGGAGCAGUCUUCAGCAGUGAUCUGAUGCUAUUCUCUGCACAUCCCGUAAGAGCACCCAUCCAAGCCAUCUACUGUCGAUAGUCGUCUGCAACGAUGCUAAUGGAUGCAUGCAGCUCCUCAACUCCGCCGCCUUCCUCUUCCUCAUCCAAGCCCUCCUUAUCCUCCAACCCACCCACACCGCAAAGCAGAAAAAGCAGGGAACCUACGUCCACGCAGCCCUCAACGACGUCGCACUCCUCGCCGCCAUCGCCGGCCUCAUAGUCAUCGAAUACAACAAAAUCGAUCACAACGGAGCUCACUUCGAAUCCACACACGCGAUCCUCGGUCUCAUUACCUAUAUCCUCAUUUUUCUGCAAGCUUUCGUCGGGGUCACGCAAUUCUUCACUCCUGGAAUAUAUGGCGGUGUGGAAAAUGCAAAGGCCUUUUAUAAGUAUCAUCGACUUGGGGGAUAUAUCACGACCGUGUUGAUGAUGGCUACAAUUUGUGCUGCUACGCAGACGACUUUCAAUGUUGGUGUGUUGGGAAUUCAGCUCUGGGCUGUUAUUGUUGCGUCUGUGGUUGUGCUUGUUGGACUGAUUCCGAGGAUCAGACUGAACAAGCUUGGAUGGUUGGCUGGAAAGUAG